AGCCAGAUCUCUCUCUCCCAUCUUCACAACUGCCUUCAUCCAAUUCAUCACAUUACCCAAAACGAUAUGGAAGUCUUAGACCAGGAGCACAGCUCCCAAGUGCUGGAUUUAGAAGAGAUCACAAAAGAAAUUUUAUUUCUUGAGAAAUGGAGAGGCAUCUUUAGUUACCAUGGGUUGGGAACCAGUAAUACAACUCCCCAGAAUUAUGAAGGCAACCAUAUAUCUGCGGAUGAAACUGAAGAUGGAACAGGAAUACCUCAGCCCAAAGGACAAGGACAUUUGCCAUCGAGUAGCCUUUGUUCUAUUCCCAAACCCUCUAUCAUCUCUUCAAAAUUGGGCGGCUUGCCUAUCUCCCUAGCGAUGGCCACGAAGCUGCGGCAGAGCCUCUUUGGAAAUACAGUCCAGGUCUUCAGCUCUGACUGGAGAAAGGCCUAUUUCAGGUUCCACGAUCCUUCUUCGGACCUGGCUUUUGCUUUGGACAUGGGCAAGGGAGGUGCCCGAAGCAUUCAGAUGGCUGUGCAAGGAUCUGUCAUCCGAUACUUGCUGUUCACCACGAAGGGGAGAGACCGUAACUUUGGCAGUUUACGUGCAGUGAGCAAGCAGGAGCAGGAACGAGCCCUGGCCGCCGCGCUCACGGGCAUCCUGUGGGCUGCAGGAACAGCUGAGAAGGCCACCGUCUGCCUUUUCUCUGAGGACGCUUCUGUUACCUCCACGCCUGACUAUUCCGGAGAUGGAUUCACUGAACGGCUCCAGCUGUUUGAAUUUUUAGAGAAAGAAGCCACUGAGAAAUUCAUCUAUGAUCAUUUACAAUGUUUUCAAGGAGAAGGAAGCCAUGGUGUCAUCCUGUUUCUCUACAGCCUGAUCUUCUCCAGAACAUUUGAAAAGCUGCAGGAGGACCUGGAUGUCACCACCACUCAGCUGCUACAGCCAAGUGCUGGAGGUUUCCUGUGCAGGCAGGCAGUUCUGAACCUGAUUUUAACUGGAAGAGCAAGUCCGCACGUCUUCAACGGCUGCGAGGAAGGAGAGUCUCAGGAAAUCUUCCAUGGGGUCCUGGCCCGCAGUGAUGUUGGCUAUUUACAGUGGGGUAAGGACGCUUCUUCUGAGGACGACAGAUUGUCACAGGUGGGCAGUAUGCUGAAGACCCCCAAAGUACCUGUUUGGCUGUGCAACAUCAAUGGGAAUUACAGCAUCCUUUUUUGCACCAACAAGCAGCUCUUAUCAGACUGGAAAAUGGAGCGUCUCUUUGAUCUGUACUUUUACAGUGGCCAGCCCACACAGCGGAAGCCUGUGCAUCUUACAAUAGAUACUCAUGCCCAUCACUGGGAAAGGGACCAACAUGAAGACAAACACGGACCAGGAAGAAGGUUUUCUCCAGUGGAAAUGGCCAUCAAAACCAAGUGGAGAGAGGCCACCAUCAACUGGAAUGGGACUGUUCCCUUUUACUAG